CUGAACGCGCCAUCCCCCGAGCGCGCGGGGCCUCGAGGAUUUAAGCCCGGACUUUUAAGGGAGGCGCCCUCUUUUUCAAGGGGGCGUCCGGAGCGCGGCGUUGCAUCGAGGAACCUGGCUGCUAGAAAAAAUCCCAGCUGCCAUGGCCAGCAUGAAUGCCAGCGGAGACCACGUCACACAGGAGCUUUGGCUCUCUCACAACAAGAUGGUGAUGGAGGCCCUGGACAGCAAUGACCCCGAGGUCUACGAUAUCAUCAAAAAGGAGAAGCGGCGCCAGAGGCUUGGCCUGGAGCUGAUUGCGUCUGAAAACUUUGCCAGCCGAGCUGUGCUGGAGGCGCUGGGCUCCUGCCUGAACAACAAAUACUCGGAGGGCUAUCCGGGGCAAAGAUAUUACGGUGGGACGGAGUUUGUCGAUGAGUUGGAAAGACUUUGUCAGAAGAGAGCGCUGCAGGCCUUCGGGCUAGACCCACAGAAGUGGGGCGUCAAUGUCCAGCCCUACUCAGGGUCCCCUGCAAACUUUGCGGUGUACACUGCACUGGUACAGCCCCAUGGGAGGAUCAUGGGCUUGGACCUGCCUGACGGGGGUCACCUGACACACGGCUUCAUGACAGACAAGAAGAAAAUCUCCGCCACGUCCAUCUUCUUCGAAUCCAUGCCCUACAAGGUCAACCCAGAAACGGGCUAUAUCGACUACGAUCGACUGGAAGAAAAUGCCCGCCUGUUUCAUCCAAAGCUGAUCAUUGCAGGGGUCAGCUGCUACUCGCGGAAUUUGGACUAUGCUCGAAUGAGGAGGAUUGCAGAUGAAAACAGCGCGUACCUCAUGGCCGACAUGGCCCACAUCAGCGGCUUGGUGGCUGCUGGCGUGGUGCCCUCCCCCUUCCAGCACUGCGACAUCGUCUCCACCACCACCCAUAAAACCCUGCGAGGCUGCCGAGCUGGCAUGAUCUUCUACCGGAAGGGUCCCCACAGUGUGGAUCCCAAAACCGGGAAGGAGGUCCUGUACAACCUUGAAAGUCUCAUCAACCAAGCAGUCUUCCCUGGUCUCCAGGGCGGGCCUCACAAUCACGCGAUUGCAGGAAUUGCAGUCUCCUUGAAACAGGCCAUGACCCCCGAAUUCAAAGUGUACCAGCAGCAGGUGGUGGCCAACUGCAAGGCUUUGUCUACUGCUCUGACCAGCUUGGGAUACCACAUCGUCACUGGGGGUUCCGACAACCACCUGAUCCUCGUAGAUCUGCGCAACCGGUGCACAGACGGGGGACGAGCCGAACGGGUCCUGGAGCUGUGCUCCAUCGCGUGCAACAAGAACACCUGCCCAGGAGACAAAAGUGCUUUGCGCCCCAGUGGGCUGAGAUUAGGGACUCCGGCCCUCACCUCCCGAGGAUUCCUGGAAGAAGACUUCAAGAAAGUCGCCCACUUUAUUCACAAAGGUAUAGAACUCACCUUGCAGGUCCAGAAGGACAUGAGCCCCAAAGCCACCCUGAAAGAGUUUAAGGAGAAGCUGGUGACGGAGCAGAAGUACCAAGCGCUGUUGAAGUCCCUCAAGGAGGACGUGGAGGCCUUUGCGGAUAUCUUCCCGCUCCCGGGCUUGCCGGUUUUGUAAAGGGGCACCGAGCCACAUCUGGAAUGGCAGAUCCCCUCCCCAGCUGCCCUCUUGCAACGGGAGCACCGCUGCCCCUGUCUUUCCUUCCCCUUUGCCCGGCCUACAAGCAGGCUCUGCUUUUAUAAUUGGCUUCUUAAGCAAUUCCUUCCUCUGCCUUUUUAAAAAGAAAAAUACACUGGAAAGAUUACAGACCUGGGAAGGAAACAGAACAAAGUUCAGUGCUCACCCACCCCUGCCGCUGAAACGAUUAAUGACAUCUCAGCGUCCCCACUGGCGGUGCUGUUGGACAGGCCCUAAGAGAGCGGUUACCCUUUGCGGAGUGAAAUUCGAGACCAGUGAAUAAGAGAUCCACCCUUAGGAAAGAUAAAAUUUGUUUUAAAUGGGAGGGAGGCAGAGGUAAUACUCCAGCUUCCCUCAAAUCUGACUCAAAUCAAUGCCAAAAUCUCACAUUGAGCAGACCUGAAUUUUUAUGGGGUUGGGUAUUUUUGGCAUUGAAGCUGACCUUUUGAGGGAAAAAUCCAUUUUUAAUCUGAAUCAGCAGACAGAUGGCAUAAACAGUAGUUUUGAAAUGAAUUCUGCAGGGCCCCUUGGAAAGUUUUCAGAGUCCUUCCAGAUGGGGUUUUUCCAGCUUUUGCUUUUGCCACUAUUUUUACCUGUCAAGAAAAGGAGGAAAUAGCAGAACUGUGUAGAAGGUUUACUAUCUGGACCGCUUGCCAGGAAAAAAUAAAUCCGUGGAUAGUACAGGAAAAGCAUCACGUUCUCUUCUAGAGAAAUUCCAGGGAGAAGUUGGCCAUUUAGAGGGCGGGGAAAAAAACUUCUUCAAACUGUUUUGCAUUAAGUCACAGAAUUUAUUGCCACAAUUUAUAGGAAUGGCUAUGGUUUAAGCAGGAGACGGUCUUGCAUUCAAUGCCGCCUUGCAGUAUUUCCAGAAACCCUGUGGUUGAUCAUGGAGGAAACCAGGAAGCUAAACAACGCAGGGAAUUUUUGUCUCGCACACCUGAGUUUGUCCCAUGGUUUGCAUUUCCAGUUUCCAAAAAACAUGUGCCGUUCAAGGAAAGGGGCACUUUUAAUAACAAAUUUAGUAACAUGUUUGACACAGAUUCCUCUCCACUUGCCAUUAUCUUCCCAUCACCAACAGCUGCCUCCAUUGCACCAGACACACGAGCCCAAACAUACGGUCAGGACAGUUUUUACUAAGCACAAUAAAAUUAAGAAUUUUACCAUGAGUGCAAGGGUUAUAUAAGCUUUAAAAAAUACAACAAUAUAUAUAUAUAUAUAUUUGUAUUUCAAAAAUAUUUGCGCCCAAAUAAAUAAUUUCCUUUUUUUAAAUAUA